AUGGGAGACAUGCCAACGAGAUUAGCCAAGAAAACGUUGACAAGAAAGCGUCAAACGUAUUGGCUUACCUCAGGCCAAAUGUUCCCUGAGACUGAGGGAUUCCUUGUAGCUAUACAGGACCGGGUCAUCCCUACCAACAAUAACAAGAGGUUCAUACAUAGGAACUUGCAACAGUCUCAUAAAUGCAGGUACGGCUGUCAGGACCCCGAAACAAUACAGCACGUAACUGGUAACGGACUAUAA